UUGAUUACUGCUGCCUUAAAGCGGGCAAACCUGGUCAGAAAAGAAUACUUUGCUAAACCAGAUGUAGCAAGCUAGCUAUGUACCUCCAUGCAAGGAUAGGGUGCACAACAAGUACGACAAAUAAUACGUAAGAAACUUCUUCACCAUGACAGGUUCACGCAAGGUGGCUGUCUCGCAACAAUGCACCGAUGGGAUAUCUAUUUCAGGGAAAGGUUAUUAAAUACCGAAGACAACACAAUAAGCCUGGAAGGUCAAUCUCAUGGCUGAGAGACGCUCAUCUCCGGCUGCCAGGGGGAAGAAGCGGCGGACUUUAUCGCUGACCAAAAGGGGUGGAGAUGGCCGAGCGAAUAACGGAACGAACUCUAUCGCUGCGUUCUUCAACAACGCGCCUCCAGCCAAGCUGGCCUGUCCACUGUGCGGUGAGAUGGUGCCCCGGUUCAAAAUAAACGAGCACAUCGACUCACAGUGCCAGAAAUUUAUCGGGAAUGACCCCAAGGAUGCCGGUUUGUCGGGGAAUGGCGAUAAGAAAUGCGUUGUCUCCUCAACUCCAAAUGAUGGCGUCCCAAAUCAGGGCAGAGCACCAUGCCCUGAGGAGAAAAAACAUUCAGCCACCAGCCCUUAUUUUAAAAAGCAAGGGUUUUUGCAACAGGACCCACAGGAGUCCAGAAAUAGUGGAACUAAGCUUGUGAGGAAUGUAGACCUUGGGAGCCUGGCCUCAAAACUGUCCAGAAAAAGGCUGAAGUUCACUGACUGUGAGGAUACAUUGUGCCAACAGACAAGUAGAGCUCCACAAAACACUGAGCAAAUAGGGGGCAGUGUGGAGCUGAACAGCUCCCAAAAGGAGAACUACUGUGUUGAGGUGUCUGAUGACAGGUGCCCCACAGGUGACACUGAACCGGCAAGCGACAGGACCACUCUAAGGACAGCUGCUUUUUCUGUGAACAGGCCUCAAACAGGGAGCGGAGAGGGCUCAGAUCAAAAAGAAUCAAUGUCCGAGUCUCCUCUUCCAGUGGUGUCCGUGUCAGUGCAGUCUUCUUCCACAUCCCGACUAAGCAAUAGCAAGAACAAAGAAGUGUGCAGAGUGGACCCUCCCAAACCAGCCCUCCCAGCUGCUGCCAGAAUUAAGAAUAAGAGGCAGAGAGAGGCGCCGAACAGUCAAAUCCUGAAAAAGAAAUUUACCCCAUCCUCAGGGCGCCCCCAGCUACCUCAGGAUAGUGUGGGAAGUGCAGGUGCCGGUUUGAGCACAGGAAUAAGGGCGGAGGGUUCCGAGCUGAAGCCCAGUGAAGCUGAAGCUAAUCUGACUCCUCGUGGCGGUUCUGAGCUGAAGCCCAGUGAAGCUGAAGCUAAUAUGCCUCCUCAUGGUGGUUCCGAGCUGAAGCCCAGUGAAAAUGAGGCUAAUCUGGCUCCUCGUAGCGGGUCCGAGUUUAAGCCUGGUGAAGCUGAAGCUAAUUUGGCUCCUCGUGGCGGUUCAGAGCUGAAGCCCAGUGAAGCUGAAGCUAAUUUGGUUCCUUGUGGCGGUUCAGAGGGGAACGAGGUCACUGUGCGCCAUGCCCCGUUCGCAGAGGGAGGGAGGGGUGUAGAGCCGACGCGGCUGCCCUACUACCUGCGCAACUUCCUGACCGUGCUGGAGGCCGUGCUGGAGAACGAGGACGACAGGCUGCUCUUCAACCAGGACGACCUGGCAGUUAUCCACGCAUUUCAGCAGCUGUCAGCUGCUGGGCAGAUGCUCUACGUUCGGCUUUUCCAGAGGAAACUGCACUGGCUGCGGGUAAGCAGGCUGGAUUACUCAGAGAUUGGCUCAGACCUCGCCCCAGUGAUCCAGGAGCUGGCCAGCUGUGGGUUUCUGCAGAGAGAGAGUGACCUUCAGGACCUGGAGGAGGUGCUGGAGCUGCUUCCUGCUCCAGAGCUGAGGGGCCUGGCCAAGACGUUCCACCUGGGGGCCCCCGGGGCCCAGAAACAGCAGCUGGUGACGGACCUCGUCCGGCUGGGCCGGCAGCGCUCCCUCUUCGCCCUGCGCCCCGGGCAGACGGGCGCCGGGGCCGCCAUCCUAAAGAGGGCGAGGCAGCUGGCGGGGGCGUGCGUGCGCGUGUGCCGCGAGCCUCGCGCCGUCUUCUCCCGGGUCCUCCUCCUCUUCUCCCUCACGGACUCCCUGGAGGAAGAGGAGGCGGGCACGGGCGGGCAGAACCAGCUCUACACCAUCCUGCUGGUCAACUCGGGCCGCCUGGCCUUCCCCGCCUACACCGUCCUGCGCAGGGAGAGGGUGUUUCAGGACAGGGAGGACCUCAUCAGAUACGAGGCCGCCAUGCGGGCUCUGCAGGAGGUGGUGUUGGCUAUGCAGGCUGGCAGCUGGGAGGGGGCCCUGGAGCUCUACACCACAGCUAAGCAGGUCUGGCUGGAGCAGCAGGAGCAGGACAGCCGAAACCUCAGGCACCAGGAGGAACUUCCCGUGUUCCUGCGCUGUUUCACCACGGGCUGGGCCUACACCCGGCUGCUGUCCCGCGGCGUGGAGAUCCUGCAGAGACUGCGCCGUUAUGAGGAAGCAGUGCUGGAGCUGCGGUCACUGCUGGCUCAGGCAACGUUCUGUCCCGACAGCAGGGGGCGCUGGUGGGACAGGCUGGCGCUCAAUCUACAGCAGCACCUAAAGCGCACUGAGCAGGCCAUAGGUGCCAUUCGGGAGGGCCUUUCGGACCCUCUGGUGCGCACGGGUCACCGGCUGUCCCUGUACCAGCGUGCCGUGAGGAUGAGGGAGUCCCCCAGCUGCAGGAAGUACAGGCUGCUCCUGAGGGACCUGCCCGCGGUGGAGGUGCAGGACGUCACGCAUGUGACCAUCCGGGGAAAGAUGUUCCCGCACGCCGGAGGGAUGGGGAAGUCGGUCUUCCUCAUGGCAGCCGAUGAGGACGGAGGGAAUGCCGGCGAGGGUGACGCCCAGGCCACCGUCCUGUGCUCCGUGGAGGAGCUGGCACUGGCACACUACCGGCGGCUCGGGUUCGACCAAGGGAUUCACGGUGAAGGCUCUACAUUUUCCACUCUAUUUGGCCUCUUGUUGUGGGAUAUCAUUUUCAUGGAGGGCAUUCCUGACGUCUUUCGAAAUCCAUACCAGGCUUGCCCUCUGGACCUCCACACGGACCGUUUCUAUGGAAACCGGCGGGAGGCAAUAGAGGCGCGGGUGGAGGUGCUGAGGGAGGCCUCGGAGGAGACGCUGCACGCGCUGCUGGCCGACGCCUGGAGCUCACAGGAGGGGAGGCUGUGCACCCUGGUCAGCUGGGAGCGCUUCUCCUCCCUGCAGCAGGCCCAGAGUCUGGCGUCGUGUCUCGGCGGGGCCUUCCUGGCGGGAAUCGUGCGGCGCAUGGCCGAGGACUACCGCCACUGCCGCGGGGGACUACCUGACCUGGUGGUGUGGAACACCAGCAACAAGGCCUACAAGCUGGUGGAGGUGAAGGGCCCGAACGACCGCCUGUCCCAGAAGCAGCAGAUCUGGCUGGACGCGCUGCGGAAGCUGGGAGCCGAAGUGGAGGUGUGUCACGUGACUGACGUCGGCGCCCGGGGGGAUCGCCUGGACUGAGACGCGGGAUGGCUCUCGCACUCUCAGACAGACGCACCCUAUGAGUGCUCAGUACAGCUGGCCGGCCCCACCCUCUCUGCUAGACCGAGCCCCUUUUCUCUUGAGUAGGCUUGUGAUGAACCUUUGCCAGGGAGUGUGGCAAAAACAGUGCACUUGAACAAAUGAAACACUACGAACUCAAAAUUGAGAUGGAUUAAUCUUUUUUUUAAAUGCUCUCAGGUAGUACGCUAUGACGUGUAUGCAUUUCUUGUGAAAUAAAAUAAAAUCCUUAUUCCUAAA